ACGGCCCCCUACGCGUCAGAAAAACCACACCGAACCAGCAGCAGCAGCAGAGACGAGCGUAGGCACUGUGGACUUUCUCGGAAAGAGGACUAACAUAGCAGACAGAGGUCAACCCCACCCAAUCUCAGCGACUACUACUAGACAUGGCUACAGCGAGCACCUCAGGGCAGAGCACCUUCGGGCUUGGGAGGAAAAAGAAGAAUCCAGGUCUCAUGGAUCAGAUUAGCAAGUUCUUUGGAGGAGACAAGAAGAAGAGGAGCAAGGGGUCUUUCCGGGGUCACCUGGCCGCCUCACCCCAGCAAUCCUCCGCUCGCCGUCGGACCAAUGAAAAUGCUGUGAUGCAUUUCUUCAGGAGCUUUGCUUCCUCUCCUCAACCUAAAUCCAGGUGGAGAGACAUCUUGGGUUUGGCCUCGUCGCCGCGUGCCGAGAGCACAAAGUCGCCGGUCAGAAGACGCAGAGACCAAAGCACACUGUCCAGAAUCUUCAACCUGUGAUGUUCUCAUCAGACACCAGGAGAUACCAAGUCCCGUCCACCCCCUAAACGCUGGAGCACCAUCUUCUAAGCUCUCCGCCGAGGACCAAACCACAGAUCCAACGCCGACGGGACAAGACGAAGGAGGCGGAGGAGGAGGAGGAGGAGGAACAGAUCUGCAAGCGGCGGACUCACAACCUCAAGAAAUGUUAACCCACUAACACUCACAAGCCUUCCUGUAUGUUUAGACAGUGAAACCCACUCUCCAGGGAUGUAGGUGGUCACCGUGCACGUCUUCAUUCUAAUCCUACGUCUAUAAGCAUAUUUUGUCUCAGUGAUUAUUUAGCUGUGGUCACACAUUCGAGUAUCUUGGUCUGAUGGUGCUAGUGUCUGCUGUCUUGCUGUCUUGAGGUUCGUUCGUGGCAGAUGUUCGUUUUUCUAUCCCGUCUCCCGUCGUCUGUAUUUUGUACACGAGUGACGCUUCAUGUAUCGCGCUGCUGUCACACGCUACUCACACGCCAAACACGUUUUUUGUUACAUGUGAAAGUCUGGAUGGAGAGUGGAGGCUGUUGUUUUGCGCUCGAGUGAAAUGUAUGUUGAACAAACACAACUGGAAACCUGCAGUAUAUGAGUAUGGUGUGGACUCUAAUGUUGUUCUUUUGUUUCAGUGUAAUUAAUAAACAUGUACAGUUUGUCAAAAAAGUUGAAAUGCCCUUUUCAGAUGCACUGUUAAACAAUAAUACAACUAAAAAAAAAAAAACGACUGGUCUGCUCUCGUUUAUUGAGUUUGCAUCUUAAAUGAAGUUUGAAGUUUUAAUGUUAUUAUUUUUUAGAUGACAAACAAACGUUCGUUUCAUCCGAUGGUCAGAUAGUAAGUGGUUUCGAGAGGUUUACGGCAGAGGCGGCGAGAUGGUACGAGGAGUUUAGUUUACUGAAGGACUGUACGUUGAUUUCAAAUGUUCUGACGCAUAGUUUUUAUUUUGCCGCUCUCGUUUGUACACGCUCUGUUUGCACGUUAACUUUAACUGUAAAGGUGUUUUCUUUUUCACGUGGUGGUGCUACAGUAAAUAGGAGUGUUUUGCUUCCUCUUAAUGUAAAACUCUAACCGGAAAAUAAACAUUUUACGUCUUCUCUCUGUUAUUAAAUGUUUUAAAAUGGGGAAAA